AUGCGGCCUAUUCUCUUCUACCCGGCCAUCAUUGGUGGAGUGUUGUCGAGCGUUAUCUCAGGAGCGACAACCUGUACUCAGUAUACAGUUCAAGAGAAAGACACCUGCCGUAGCAUCGCCAACGCAUCCAAGGUCACCUACGCCCAGCUUCUGUCGUGGAAUCCAAGCCUUGACGUCACUUGCGGAAACUUGAGCAAGCAGAAAGAUGGCAAAAUCUGCAUCAGCAAUCCGCUUGGUAACUUUGCUCUUCCCAGCAGCUCAAAGCCAGUGGCUACUCUCAUCACUACAGAAGCGCUGUUUCUGAACCCAGAACUCUUCGACAACUGCACCAACCUGCUGGCCGACGUCUAUUACUGUGUCCAGCCGGUUGGUUAUAUUUCUACAUAUCCCGGAUAUGAUGGCUCCUCUACAAGACCGCCCAUCAAGCCCGUGCCCGCCACAAUGCUCCCUAAUCCGGAUCGCCCAGCAAAAACCAACAGCUCAAAUAUUCAGAUAAUUCCUAUUGCUAACGGAACUCGUCUAGACUGUUACAAGUAG